AUGGCUGCUAACCUGUCAGCACAAGCGAUCGUAUCAAGUGUUUGCAAUUUAGUUAUUGCGCGAUCGCCUUUUGGCUCUACUACCACCCAUCUUAUUUGCAAAAGACCCACACGAUCAGGAAUAUUUGUUGGAGCUUGUGCUAAAGGGAUUUGGAUUUUGAAAAGGUCAUUCAUCGACGAUAGCGAGAAAGUCGGCCGCUGGCUUGACGAAAGUCAGUUCGAAUGGUCGUCAAAUGAUGCCAAACAUUAUCCAUUUGUUGAAAAAAACCUCUUCCAUGCUCCAAAAUUUUGGAGAGAAGCUAGGUCCCGAAAUUACCUACCAUUUGAAAAGUGUACUGUCGUGAUUUUCUGUAACGAUGAACAAAAGCUUCGAGGCUACCAAAGCGUUUUAGAUAUCGGUGGAGCGAGGGUAAUGACGCGUGAAGAAUUCGAAGAGAAGCCAAGGACAGCUAAUUUCCUCUUCUUCGAGCCGAAUUGCAAACAAUUUGUCGCCAAAUACGAAAAGAUCGUUCCGCAAAUCCAUCAGACUGAUAGUAUUGCCGAUAUCAUAAUAAAUCAGGCCUGUAAUGAAUCAGCUACAUUAAUGACAAGGCCAGCUUUUUUUAGCGAAGGGAUUGAUCUACCACGACCCUCAACAGGGAAGAAGCGAAGAUUAGUAACCGAUUCACGUAAUAGGAAGCGAACGGACAUGAUUGAAAGUUGUGGAUUUGACUAUUCAAGAAGAUUAGUUCGCCCAAGUAGUCUCCGAAUACCAGUCAAUAGGCAGCAAGACCAAAUAUGUCGCAAUCGACUUUUUCUUAUUCAUACAGAAGAACAAGUACAUAAUCGCCAGCGCCAGAAUUAUAAUCCGAUGCCCGUCGAUGAAGUAACCUUAUUCGAGAAUCAUCUUUAUCACAAGCAUUACCAUUCAGCUAUACAAAUCAUUAAAAAUUGUAUGAUACAAUUUUAUCCCACUUCGGUAGUACUUCGUGCAUUGGUCCAAAGCUUCAUUAUGGUGAACGAGGAUGAUGCCCUUCAAAAUGAAGGAUUUUCGCUAUUAAUGGAAUGCCUACGCCGCUAUCCACCGACCUCAGCAGAGUUGAAAAGAGAAUACAAGCUAUCGCUUUGCCCCUCUAUUCAUUGUUCAAAGAAAUACACUCCAGAUAGUAUCUCAACAGAGAUGUGGAGAUUUAUUAUAGAAUGUAUCGACAAAUUUUUAACAGGAAACGAAAACAAUAGUCAUGUAAUAAUUUUACGUUUCAUUGUUAAACUAUUAUGGACGGAUUACAAAGCAUUCUUUAACAGCUCAAUUAUUAACACGAAAGAAAAGAGUAAGCAGCCAAUUAUGUUUUCACUACUUUGGCCCUAUCAUUACCAAACGCCUUGUGCGUGCGACAAACAUACAGAACUAUUAAAUGCCUUUCUAUCCCUAUACGAACGAAACCCGAAUUUUUCAUCCGAAGCUGUAUCAAUGGUAUACUCCAUAUACCUACUAUCCAUUGAUUGCUGCUAUGUAGCAGAUCAGUACCCAAAAUCAUUCCAUCAAUCCGAUUGGCAACCAUUCCUUGGUGAACAAGGGCUAUCACUUGCUAUCAAAUUAGCUGGAAGAACUGAUCAGAUGAAAUGCAGCCACUCUAAAUUGAAUUUGAUUAACAACAUACCACUCGAUUGGCUCACUGCAUGUGUUUGCGAAUUUAUAUUGCUAACAUUUGAUGGAAGUAACGCAAUUGUCAAAACAAGUGGAAAGUUAACGAACGAAUCUUUGUCGCUUCAAAAAGUGCUGAAUUGUUACUUCCAAUUAGUUCCGUAUGGCCGUAAAAUAAAAUCGAAUGAUUUUCAGAAAGUGCAAUUUAAAAUUCCUCAAAGGCAGAACGGCAUCUUUCACAUUUUAACCUAUUCAUGUAUGAUGCCAGGCAGUGCUGAUAAGCUAAUUCUGUAUUACAGCUCAUCAAUAGCUCGAUGCAAGCGUGUUAAAGGAAAUUUAGAGAAAAGAAAUGCAAAGGGAGAGACGAAACUUCACCUUGCUUGUAAACGUAAUGAAGUUAACAAAAUUAAGAAAUUAAUUGUAAGUGGCACCGAUGUUAAUGCAUUAGAUAACUGCGAUUGGACUCCACUUCAUGAAGCCUGUAAUCGUGGAAAUACUGAAGCUGCUAAAGCUAUGAUUAAAUUGAGUCAAAAAUUAAAUAAAAAUCAUAACAUGGUUGCCUCUGGUGACGGAGGCGUUACGCCUAUGCAUGAUGCUAUUCUAAACGAUCACUAUGAAGCUGCUGUAGUAUUGCUUGAAUAUGGUGGUCCUCUUUUUUUAACCCACCAAGGUUCCUGCGAUGUUACACCAUUGGAACUUGUAGACGAAGAAAAGAAAAAAAAGAGGCUAACAUCCAUAGCUAACGACGUAGGAUAUAAAUCUUACAUUGUCCAAGUUGAGAGUUGUGAACUAUAUUUGACGAGCCUGACUUGUCUGAUUGAUAUUCUGAUUACUCAAAUGAUUGUACAAGAACCUACAAUAAAUUCGGGCAACGACGAUGAAAUUUGCAUUGUUGGAGUGAUUAAUGAGGCUAGAACUCAAGCUCCGAGUGUACGGUCACCAGGCAAUACUUUGCGUACAGUAUUUAAUAAACUCUCAGACCUAGAAAGUCACGUUCUGGCAAUCAUUGAUGGCAAAAAGUUAACAAAUGUCUGCAAGCAAAAUCUAGCAAGGAUGAAGUUGGAUGUGUGGCAUGCAAUGAGGAUUUUACGAAAUAAUUAA